AUGCUCAAUCAAGUUCUUUAAGUUAUUGGAUUACAAAAAAAUGAGGAGUAAUAAAUGGAGGCUAUAUAUGACGAUUUUCAAAGGCCUCCAAAGAUUUCGAUUGCAAAGAUGCACGCAGCUGCAACCAAGUUUGCUAAGACUGACUAAAAUAUUGAUCUUGAUAAAACAAAUGUUUGCCCUUGUUGUGGAUUACCAGCUGUUAUAGAAGAAAUCCCAUUAUGUUCAUCAAGGAGCCAAUUCAGUUUCAAUGGUUCAGGGAUAGCAUUGUAUUUCGAUUUCUUAGUGUUUUCAGGUAUCAUUGUCUUUACAUAUAUAGCCAUUAGUUGUGGAUAUAAUAUCUAUGUAAACUCUCAUGGAAAUCGAUGUAGCAAUAUAAAUAAUAGUCUUGCUGAUAAAUGUAAAACAGACUUCUUUAAUCAAUUUUCAUUGACUAAUGAUCAUGAACAAUUAAAUGAAACUCGUAGCAUUCUCAACUUUAUAUCCUUUGUAGUAAUUGUGUUUAUGACUUUAUUUUACAGAAGACACAUUAACAAAAUUGCUAUGGAAUUGGAUGAUGCUGCUAUCUUAGCCUCUGAUUUCUCUAUCUUUGUUGAAAAUAUCCCUAGAGAGGCAAAAGAAAUAGAAAUUUAAGAAUAUUUUUCUUAAUAAUUCUAAACUGAAAAAGUUGAAUUUAGAAAAUUAUGCAUAGCUUAUGAAAUCUAGGAUUAUAUAAAAUUGAAUACUCAAAAAUAAUUGAAGGAAUCUGUGCUUACAAAAGUACUGGAAUUUGAAGCAGAAGGGAAAUCAAUUCCUAAAUCGAUUCCACCCAAAACCUAAUUAAAAUUAGAAAUCGAUAAAAUCUCAAAGGAUUUAGAUGAUAUGGAAGAUAAUAGAGCUAAUAUUUUCAAAUUCAGUGGAAUUUGCAUAAUUAGUUAUAAUUAUGAAAGAUAGGCUGAUAAUGUUUGUAAAACAUUCAAAGCCACAAGAUUUUAGAUAUUAUUAGAUUAAUUAGGAUUUGAAUAGAAUUAAUUCCAAAAAUUUAGAAACAAUAACAUUUUCGUAAAGAAAGCACCAGAACCAGGAGAUGUAAUUUGGGGCAAUCUUGGAAUUACAAUCAAAGAAUAGUAUAAAAGGAAAUUAAUAACAAAUGCUAUGACUCUUCUUUUAUUAGCUAUUGGUUUUGGAUUAUUACUUGCACUAUCUUAUACAUAGAAUGUCAUUAAUCAAAAUAUUUCAAAAGGUUCAACUGCAGAAGCAGCUCUUGUUACUUUUAUAGGAUUUGCAUCAUCAAUUCUUAUAUUGGUUAUCAAUACUAUAUUAGCUAAAAUGAUUAUCAAAUUUGCUGAAUUAGAGUAAUAAGCCACAAGAACAGAUUAUAAUAUAAGUGUUGCUUAUAAAAUGGGAGUAGCACAAUUUCUAAAUACUGCUAUCUUAACUUUAAUUAUUAAUCUUUUUAUAUCAGGAAAUAUCUCUAGUUUAGAUUAAGCUAUUUGGUAGACUGGUGGACUCAAUUCAGAUGUGAUGCUGAUUUUUAUUACUAAUUCAAUAAUGCCAUGGUUAACUCAAUUGAUAGACAUCAAUUAUUUUUAUAAAUUAUAUGUUAGAUAGAAAAUUAUUCAAUAAGGAGAAAAUUGUAAAUACACUUAAAAUGAAGCUAAUAAAGCAUUUGAAGGACCAUCAAUUGAUUUAUCAUAAAAAUAUGCUAAUAUAUGCAAAACUUUAAUGUUUACAUUCUUAUAUUCAGCAUUAUUACCAAUUGGAGUUUGUUUCACUUUUAUUUCAAUUGUUUGUAUAUAUUGGGCAGAGAAAUACUUGUUAGUAAGAAGAGAUUCAAAGCCUGCCCCAACUGGAAGUGCAAUGGCCGAAGCUAUGGUUGAUUUUUAUAUCGAAUUAAUACUUUUGUUAUUUUCUUUAGGAUGCACAUUUUGGGAAUGGGUCAACUAUGAUAAAGUUCACAUUCUAACAUGGUUAUAAUUGGGUUUAUCUACUUUGCAUUACUUGAUCCCAAUUAACAAAAUUUGUGGAUGUAUAGUGGAUUUAGGAAUUGACAAUGCCACUCCUUCAUCCUAUGAUGCAAAUUAUUUAACUUUCUAUGACGAUUACGAUAGACGCAAUCCUGUUACUCUAGAUGCAGCCAAAGAGAAGUGGAUUAAACUUCAUUAAGAAAUAGUUUAACCAAACCCCAAAAUAAAAACUAAUAAUUUAAUAUAAAAAUAUAAAUUACUUAAUCAUAUAACCUAAGGAUUAGCAAAGAUUCAUCCAUUAAAUAGUAAAAAUAUCAAAGAGAGUGAUGAAAUAUAAGAACUAUAAUUUUGA